AUUUCGAGUUCGUGUGUAACCGUAAAAACAUUCCGACGUGUGUGUUCUAUGCGGCGUGUGAAAAACUUUAAAGCAUUGCUGUUAACAUUGCAAAGGGUUAGUAAACCAAAACUAUAACCAACGUGGCAGUCAAAAAAGGGGCUGUGUGACCCAGGACCUAAAAGACUACGUGAACAUGAAGAGGAAGAAGACAGCACACAAGAAGUCCAAGGCAAGUGAUGAUGCCACAGAUGUCAAGAGGAGGAAACCUGGCAACAGAGACAGCAGUGACAUAAUCGGUGAUAUGCCCAAGGACAAGAGUUCAGAAGAGCUCCCAACUUCAGUAGAAGAAGAGAACCUGAGCCCAGAGGAGAGACGUGUAGCGGACAGGAAGCUGAAGAAGAUUCGGCGGAAAGAGGAGAAGAAGAAACGGAGAGAGGAGGGGAAGAAUGAGGCAGAGCAGAGCAAGACGAGCUCCGCCCAGACCCAGGCCCUGGAGUAUCUCACGUGCUGGUCAGAGAAGCGUGAGCAGUGGAAAUUUCAGAAGACGAGGCAGGUGUGGUUACUGCAGCACAUGUAUGACAACACGAAGGUGUCCGAUGCUCAUUUCAAGGUGCUGUUGUCGUAUUUGGAGGGUAUCCAGGGAGUCGCUCGGGAAACCACUGUGCAGAAAGCAGAGGCGCUCGUCCGUUGCGGGGAGGGGUCUGAGGAGGCUGAGGGCGGGGCUACAGACUACCAGAAGAAGGCGCAUAGGGCCAGAGAAGUUGUCCAGAUUCUCUCAUGAUCAAAUGAGGGAACCAGAACGACCCGCUUUGCUCUUUCUUUUCAUUUACCCCCUCACGUACGGACGGCAGCGUUUGCCAGUGCCGGUCACCAGGACCUCCUCUAACACCUGUAACGGGAUGUGGAAUUACAUGGUGAGCUGAAUCAGCCGUGGUUGAAGAGCAAAAACACUCGUGUUCAGGAGGUGCGGCCGAGGGCCACAGACAUGCAGAAUGUUUCAACGUAUGAAUAUUUCCUGUCAAUAAAAUGCUUUUAUAAUAAAGAUUUGGUUUGGGGUUUGCA